UCAAUCAAAAGAGUGGAAAAGAUGUACAACCGAACCAUUCCGUUUGAAAAAGUGGACCUGGUUGACUACACCGCGGUUGACAAGGUUUUUUCCAAAUAUAAAAUUGAUUGUGUGAUUCACUUUGCGGCUCUCAAAAGUGUCGGGGAAUCUGUUUCCCAACCGUUGCACUAUUACGAAAACAAUGUGACCGGAUUGUUGAACCUUUUACGAGUUAUGACUUCGCAUAAUGUGAAAAAUAUGGUCUUCUCCAGCUCCUGCACAGUCUACGGAGACCCAAAAUUCCUACCAGUCACAGAGGAACAUCCUAUCGGGGAUUGCAUUAAUCCGUACGGGGCUUCAAAAUUCUUCGCGGAAAUCAUACUAAAGGAUCUUUGCCGUUCCGAUCCGGAAUGGAAUGUGGUCAGUUUGCGGUAUUUCAAUCCGAUUGGAGCCCACGUGUCUGGAGAUAUUGGCGAACACCCGAAUGGGGUCCCAAGUAAUCUGAUGCCAUACGUGUCUCAGGUCGCUGUGGGACAGCGACCACAUGUAAACGUAUUCGGUAGUGACUACAACACCCCUGAUGGGACUGGCAUACGGGACUACAUUCACAUUGUGGACUUGGCACAAGCUCACAUAGUCUCGAUUCACAUGCUGGACACAAAAUGUGGACUGAAGAUCUAUAAUAUUGGCACUGGGACGGGGUACUCGGUGCUGGAAAUUAUCAAGGCCAUGGAAAAAGCCUGUGGAAAACCGAUCCCCUACAAGAUGUGUCCACGUCGCGAGGGGGAUGCGGCCGCGGUGUAUGCGGACGCAAAUCUGGCCGCGAAGGAAAUGAAUUGGAAAACGAAAUUCGGAUUGGAUAGAAUGUGCGAGGAUCAGUGGCGAUGGCAAGUGAAGAAUCCACGUGGAUAUGAAUGA